AUGGGAUGUGUUAAUCAGAAACAAAAGAAAGAUUUUAAAUUUUCUACAAUUCCUAUAUAAGAAUAACGACAGGACGAUCUAGAUGAAUGGACAAAAAUCAUCUAAAUGUAACAGGGCAAGCAUGGGAAUCAUUCAGGAAAGGCGAUUCUGACAAAGAGUAAAACUCUAUCAGCUAGAUAUCAAUAACCUUUGGAAUAAAUUGAUGAAGAAGAAGUGUGA